GAUACGUUCGUGGCUAAGAUUGAGAACCAAUCACAGUGCAGAUCGCCGUGUCGAAGGCGUGUCUAUUGUUGAUGCUUAGUAACGCCCACUGAGGUACUUCCGCACAAUUCUUCUGCUCGCUUCGGAGGCUCGUCGGAGAUUUAACCGACAAAGGAGAGCAUGUGUGCUGUUUGAGUAGGCGGGUAUGGAUGGUAAAGGCCCGUAUCGGAUCUACGACCCCGGCGGGAGCGAAGCUCAAUCCAAGGAGGAGGUCAGCAGCUACAGACAGCUUCUAGAGGAGAACACGGUCCUGAGAGAGCGUAUGAAGGGCCUCAAGAGCCUCGGUGAUCUGUUGGAAGAGUCUCAGUCGGAGGCACUGAAGCUUCGCAAGCGAGUGGAGGAGCUGGUGAGAGACAACGAAGCACUGAAGUCCUCGACGUCCAGCUUCGCCAGCGCGUGUAUCGGCAAUCCUGUUCACACCGACCCCCAAGGUCAUGGGAAACUCCUGAGUCACCAGGCGUCUGUGCGAUCGGAUCCCCGCGAAUGCCCGACUGGGAAAACCAUCCAACCGGAAACCACUGAGACCUCGUCACACUUUGAGCUGGUGAACACAGAGGACAGAACCAUGGCGGAAACUCAAACGGAGAACACAGAGUUGGCCAGUCAGCUACAGAGGCUGGAGAGUUCUUUCAGUGUGUUUGCACAGGAGUCCAACCCCAACCAGCUGCUGGCUCACCUGGGUCGCAUGGCCGUCGAGUUCCACACCCUGUCCUCAAAAGUGCAGAAGAACGAGCAGAGAACCUCCCUGCUGCAGACGCUGUGUGAGCAACUGAGGCAGGAAAACAACGAGCUGCGCAAAAAAAUGGAGGAGGACCUACAGUACAGAAAUCGUGACUUGGAACAGCUGAGACAAGAGAACCUGAAGCUGCGGGAGCAGGUGAGCGGACGGUCAGAGGUGGUACAGAGUGAGUCAGCUGAGGCCAAAGAGGAAGCAGCAAAAGUCAAGCUGGAGGCGGCCAUGACUCAGCAGGUACAGCUAACUCAGGCCAGUAAAGCUGCAGAGAAAACUCCAUCCAAGACGCUGGACCCAGAGGUGUAUGAGAAGAAGAUCAGGCUUCUGGAGAAACAGAGGAGAGACGUGCUGGAGGUGAACAAACAGUGGGAUAUUCAGUGGAACUCGAUGAAGGCCCAGUAUGAGCAGAAGAUCACAGAUCUGCGGCAGCGUUUGGCCGACUCACAGAAAGCUGUCCAGGAAUUGGAAGCAGAGCGAGAGCAGAGGCAGAGAGAUUAUGACAAGAAGCUUCUCUUGGCCAAAUCCAAGAUCGACAAUGUGCAGGGUGAAAAGGAGUGUCUGACGACCGAGACGUGCGAGCUGAAGCAGAAAGUGCGCUACCUUCAGGAUCAGCUGGUACCGCUCACUAAACAGAGAGAGUACCAGGAGAAGGAGAUCCAGCGUCUCAACCGGGCCCUGGAGGAAGCUCUAAACCUGCACUCUCCCACCUCCCAGGCAGGAAUGAACCUGGGUGAAGGUGUCCUGAACCUUCGUCAGCAGGAGCUCCACACUCAGAUCUCCGUCCUGAAAGAGCAGGUGAAGAUCUUCGAGGAAGACUUCCAGAAGGAGCGCAGGGACAGAGAGCGCAUGAACGAGGAGAAGGAGGAUCUGAGACGGCAGGUGGAACGGUUACAGGGUCAGAUGACCAAUCUGACCAAUCAGCUCCAUCAGGCCCAAAAUGAGUGUCAGAGAGAGCGGGCAGAGCGGUGUAAACUGGAACGACUGCAGAUGCAACACAAUAAGCAGGAGGGGCAGCCAGAGAGAAGGACGUCUGACCCCACCUCCGGCUCGGCUAACGGACCGCUGAGCCCACCAUACUGCGGCCCAUUCGUACAGGUGGGCCACCAGCUCGAGGGCUGGCCCAUACACUUCCCUCCCAGAAUGCCCACUCUGAGCGCUGCACAGGGGCGAGACUUCCAGCCUGUUAAUCCUGGUUUUCCUUGGCAGACAUCAUUCCCACAGCCACGAGGCCCCAGAGUACAGACAGAUGCAGCGAGAGCACCACCAGAAAGUACAGAAGCAGGAGCUGCAGGUUUCGGGAAGCGGGAGCGUCAGAACAUGGACUCUGCAAAGCACUAACGCGCUUCAUCCUCCCUCUCCACCGGCACGUGGCUUAGUAGCAUGAUGCAGUUUCUCUGGCAUGGUGUGAACUAUCCUUUAUUUCACCUCCCCUGAUGUGUGUGUUUGUGUGUGUGUGUUUGUGUGUGUGUGUGUUAGAGGUGGAAACUGCUUUAUACAAUAAUAAUGCAUCACAAGGACCAGAAGAGAAAUUCCUGUUGAAGCGUCCUGCUUUGUCGUCGUCCCCCAAGGCCCCCCCCCACGGUUAAAGCUUUUAUGUUAACGUUCCUUUAACGGAUGUUAGUUACUGCGUUACUACGUUACAUUAGCAAACCUUAAAAGCUUCAGCACUAAUAAACUCUUAACCGUACUCCAUCUUAAGCUCACGUUCCUUCCCAAACAAGAUCUUAAUUUGCAUAUAUCCGUGUUGCCAUGAAAUCCUUCCUUCAUCGAUUAGCAAACAUUCUGUCGAUUAUAUAUCACGGUGUUAAUGCUGAAGUUCAGGUCAUAACUAACGUAGCGAUUAGCGCCCAGUUACAGGAACGUUAAUGUGAAGCACCACCGCUAUUUAUUUACUGAAACUAACUGAAAGCAAAUGUGUGUGUGUGUGUUUGUGUGUGUGUCUUUGUUUUUUUUUCCCCCUGAAAACCUCCUUUUUCAAUUCAAACCUUGUUAUUUCUUCCGAAGUGUUUAAACCCCCACCCCAUAGGCUGACGAGGUGAAAGCUGAAAGUGUUGUCCCGUAACUCUGUAGCUAAAAUGUCUCGGAAAACCUUUUGCGCCCCAGAACAGUGUACUUCUAUUUAUUCAUACGACAUUAUACCUUUUAAUUGUUUUUUGGUAUCAACGAAGGACUUAACAUCCAUUACGUGUAAUACUUUCACCGAAAUUAGCGAAAUUACUGUAACUGAUAUUUAAUACGAUAUUUAAUCACAUUACAAACUUACGAUCCCUCGAAGGCCCGUUUUAAAGUUUAAGUAAAGCUUCUUUUUUUUCUGUUCUGUUCUGUUCUAGUUAGUGGUUUCUGAACGUAUAUCUCUGACCGACGGCAGUUUCAAAAUUCUUACGACCUUUUUUCAGUAGUGACGAUGGUGUGUGGUUCAUGUCGUUCUAUUGUGUAUUGCUUUUGUCUGCAUUAUAUAUCCCAGAUGUUUUGAAGUGGGCCAAAAAAAAUAUAUAUAUAUAUAGAUAUAUAUAUAUAGAUAUAUAUAUAUAAAACAAUUAUAAUGACCUUAUUAAUAAGAGCAGCUCAUUUAUUCAUUCAUGCACUCGUUCAUACUCACUGCUCUAUGCUGCCUUCAGGUCCUCGUCGGAAAUUCACACGAUCGACGGUUACGACGCCAAGCGUGUGCGUGUUAGGGGACGGGUGGCACGAGAGAACUUCUGUUUCUAUUUAUUUAUUUCAUUUGUAUCUAACAUCGAAGAAGAUUCUCGCCUCGCAGAAAAGAAACGAACAAACAGCUAUCGAUCUGAGAGCAAAAUAUCUUCACGUGAACGAUCACGUUCCUACCGUGACUUUUUGUUAAGAACACACACACAUAGUAAAAAAAAAUGUAUAUAUUAUAUAAUUAAUAAUUCUAUUAUUAAUUAUAAUAAUAAAGUUGUAGUCACGACAUCGCGACGAGUCUCCGCUCGUACGUACGAUAUUUCUGACCCGACUUGAAGGCAGCAUUAGUGCAGAUCAUUUCAGCAGAGAUAUCACUAAUAUCCAUCGAAGAUCCGGGUCCAAAAAUGGAGUUUUCCGAUCAUUUGGAUUGUUCUUUCUGUGACACGACUAGUUUGAGACAUGUACGUGGCUCCAUUUCUAACAACUCUCCCAAGAUAAAUUUGCUGUAAAAAUACGACGCAGCGUUUAUGAUAUUGUAAAUAUAAUAACGAGCAGGUUUGGACAGGCCUUUCUAGUGAAUGUGUGUUGAGUAGAAACAGCUAACCCGAUUACCAGUGUGUGGAGUGCGUAGAGGUCGAAAUGUUUUGUGAGCUGAACGGCACUUUCACUUUUAUUUAACGUAGUUUCGUGCUUUUUUGGAGCGAGAGAUUUUUUUUUUCCUUCUUCAAUCAGGCAGAAGCACAUCUCGUGAAUCUUUUUUGUAUUUGAUCAUAAUAAAUAUAUUCUUAAUGUC